AUGGCGCAAAAAAAAAGUGGUUAUACAUACAAUAAGCAGCACAGCUUUCGGAAGCCGGAGCCGGAGAACGACGACGAUCCCGACAUUGUGGCCAACUGGGCUUGCGGCACCUGUGGCCUCCCGAUCUUCUCAACCCCCGUCACGAGACGUUGGCACAUGUCUAAUCACGACGGGUGCGCGAAUCUCCCUGCCAUGUUGUCCCCGUUGUUGCAUCCCGGGAAGUCCCUCAUCCUCAACCGAGACCGCCAGUGGACUCCCAAAAAGUGUAGCAGGUGCGGGUGGGCAUGUGAGGAUGCCUUGUACGAGUGCCCAGACGUCGACGGUUGUGGGUUUAGGCUGGACCCAGUGUGCGCCCUCUCGGUCAAGGUGAUGCACAGGAGCCACGAGCACAGGCUGACUGCCGUGAGAGGUUCGUUCUCCUCCAGCUGGUGCAGCGCGUGCGGGUCCCAGCACGGCGGUCACGUGGUGGGAUUGUUGGACCAGUUCUAUGUAUGCGUCGACUGCGACUUCUGGCUUCAUCCCGACUGUGCCAAACUUCCCAACGCCAUCAGAGGCGGAGCGCUUCACGAGCAUCACCUCUUGUUGUUUUAUGUAGGGGGAUUGUCCGAACGAGAUAAGUUUCAAUGCAAUAUUUGCAGCGGCAUUAAGGAGGAAGAGGAGAAGAAGGAGGAUUUCAAAGGUUUUGGGUUUUAUGCUUGCUUCCAUUGUGAUUACUAUGCUCAUGUCAAGUGUGCCAAGGCUAAGAGUCCCAAUAGACAACUCAGGACAGUGUUUAUCUAUGAUGGAGUCAUUCCCAACACGAUCCGCCUGCCAAUGAAAGAUGACCACGUGAGCGUGAUGCCACUUUUAGUGAAGGCCCUCGACAUUAUAAAUGUUCGUCGCUUUGCUAGUACAAGUAUCGACAGUGAUGGGGGCGGGCCUACUACCGAUCUUGCUACUAUUUCUUAUGAUCAUAAGAGAGUAUUAGACGAGCAUGUUUUGAUCCUUCAUGAUGGUGGCCGAAGUGAUGUCGAGCGUGUAUGCAACGCUUGUGUUCAACCCAUUUCUUCAUCCGAUUCAUUUUAUAGUUGUGUUGAUCAUAAUGAAACAUCAUCAGAAAAUGGCGGCCCAUGCAAAGAUUUCUUUCUUCAUAGUUGUUGCGCGUAUCUCCCCGUUGUACUUAACUUCCCUCGAAAGAGACAUAAAACACUCACCCUUUUGACUUGCAAGGCAGACGGCGAAAAGACUCCCUUCAAUUUGUUCGAAUGCGAUGCCUGCAACUAUACAUGCAACGGAUUCGCCUACUUAUCCAAGGCGGACGACAACACUUCUCUUGUUAUGGACAUCGUGUGCGCCCUCAUGCCCACCUCGAUCAUGCAUCAAUCCCACGGUGUGUACCAUAUCCUCCAAUCUAAAACUUACAAUCAACAACCGUGUAGCUAUUGUGGCUCAGAAUUAAAACCCGACACUAGCUACGUGUGCAACAAUUGUCGCAACUUUGGGAUACACCCAGCUUGUGCCCUCAUUCCGGAAAAAGUUCUCUAUCGAAAAUUCGACCCUCACAAGCUUUGCCAUCGGCGUCAUCUUGAAAAGGAACAAUCAAUACUUUGCGAGGUAUGUGAAAAUAGAAUACCAAGUGGGGAGUGGCACUACAAUUGCACCAAAUGUCAACAGUCAUUGCACUUUAACUGCAUCCCAUCUGUGGAUCGACUUUCUAAGAUCAAGUUUGGGUUUACUGUCCGUGUACAAGGCCAUUCAUGCCCCGUCUCUUGUGUUCGUGCACUUUCAGUUUAUUGCUACCCAUGUGGCCAUUGCGGGAAGACCAUAAAGGAACACAACGACGACAUUGCUUUCGAGUGCCCCAAGUGUUAUUUUAGGAUGCACAAAGACUGUUGUGCAGAAACACUCUUGUCAGAUAAGGUUGAGUGGGAAGGGGUUGAAUAA